UUCAUCUCCAGUCCUGGUGCAAACUCCCUCUGCUUCUUCUCCUCUUCGCCUCGCCUCGACUCCCCUCGACUCGCCUCCUCGUCUCCCACAGUCUCGAGCAUGUGCGCGCUGGCAUUGCUCACGCGCUUCCCUUUCCCCGCGCCAUCACCCUGCGGCCCAUCCCUCGCCCUUCGCCAUUCUCUGUCUUCUUCUUCCCUGCCUUGCUCCCCCCCUGCUCCCCUCCUCCUCCUCGCUCCUCGCCCUCUCCCUCGCCAUCGUCCCUGCUUCUCCGUCUUCUGCUCCUCCUCCGCCCCUUCUCCCAUGGACCCCCUCUCGUUCCUCUCCAUUCACAAGGACUUUCUCCGUCACGCUUCCUCUCAGUUCCCGCUGCCCCCAGGUGUGAAAUUCUCCUAUGGAACAGCAGGCUUUCGUACAGACGCAGCACUGCUACCUUCUACGAUUUUUCGCAUGGGCGUGCUGGCUGCGUUGCGUUCAAUCUGUACUCAGGCUGUUACAGGGCUGAUGAUUACGGCUUCUCACAACCCUGUGCAUGAGAAUGGUGUGAAACUUGUGGACCCUAGUGGCGGCAUGCUGGCCGUAUCUUGGGAAUCUUACUCGGACUUGCUAGCUAAUGCACCUGAUGAAGAUGAUUUCAUUCAGGUUGUUGAGCACAUCGUAAUAAAUGAGAAGAUUCAGAGAAAAGGUAAGACUGGCGAGAUGGUGUAUCUCGGAAGGGACACGAGACCUAGUGGAGCGUCUCUCCUCGAGGCCGCACUCAAAGGUGUAGAAGCCGUCAGAGGAGUGCAAGCGCAAGACAUGGGAAUCCUGACCACUCCUCAGUUGCACUGGAUGGUCCGAUGUUCUAAUAGAAGGGUUCCAGCAACCGAAUCCGACUACUUUAAAACACUUUCCAGGGCCUUUAGUAUUUUGUCAGGUUUACGACCAGCUGGUUAUGGGGAACCAACCGUUUUUGAGAACCUUAUUGUGGAUGCAGCCAAUGGUGUGGGUGCUGAGAAGUUAUUACAAUUGCUCAAGAUCACACCAAGCUUGAGACUACAGGUUCGGAACUCCGGAUUUGAAGGAGAAGGAUUACUUAACGAUGGUGUCGGUGCUGAUUUUGUGCAAAAGGAGAAGAUCCCUCCUCGUGGCUUUGAGGUUUUAUCAGACAACUUGAAGAGGUGUGCGAGUCUUGAUGGUGAUGCUGAUCGUCUUGUAUAUUUUUACAUGUCUUCAAUGUCGCAAACGGAUCAAAUUUCUCCCUCUUUACAAUUGCUGGAUGGUGAUAAGAUCGCUACUCUAUUUGCCUCUUAUAUUAUGGAUCAGAUACAAAUUUUGAGAGGGACAAGCUCGUUUUCUGCAGUGACGAAUCCUAACGCUUCCAUUCCUGGUUUCGGUACCGUGAAAGUUGCUGUGAUACAAACAGCUUACGCAAAUGGUGCAUCUACAAAAUAUAUCAAACAAGUGCUGGGUUUAGAAGUUGCGGUAACUCCUACUGGGGUUAAGCAUCUUCACAAAAGAGCUGCUCAGUAUGAUGUGGGAAUUUAUUUUGAGGCCAAUGGUCAUGGGACUUUUCUUUUUAGUGACAACUUCUUGCAAUGGCUACAGGAAGUGGCAUCACAAAAAGAAAAAGGGGAGGUAUGUCAGGCAGCAACAAGGUUGUUGGCGGUCAGUGAGAUGGUUAAUCAAGCUGUUGGAGACGCCCUGAGUGGAAUUUUGAUGGUGGAGACUGUUCUCCAGUAUCGCAACUGGUCAUUGCAACAAUGGAAUGCGAUGUACACAGAUCUGCCUAGUCGACAACUGAAGGUGAAAGUUGCAGAUAGGUCCGUAAUUCAAACAACAGAGGCUGAAACUAAAGUUGCUUCUCCGCCUGCUCUUCAAGCUGCAAUCGAUUCGGCAGUGGAGAAGUAUGAGGGAGGAAGGGCUUUUGUGCGACCAUCAGGAACCGAAGACGUGGUUCGGGUGUAUGCUGAGGCUCAGACACAGAAAAUCGCUGAUUCUUUGGCACGAGAAGUUGCUAUUCAAGUAUUUCAAUUAGGAGGUGGGAUUGGAGAAAUGCCGUGAAGCUGAAUUCGUCGGGGUGUCCAUCUAAUUGGAAAUCCAUCUCCGCUUUCGCGUCACUUAAUUUGCUGUUGCCGCUUUGAAGAAUUGUGGUUUUUCCAAGUUAGACUUUAUGUACCCAAGAGAAAAGAAUUCAUCGACCAUAAGACAUCAAUAAUUGGAAAAUAUAGGUUUCACUUGCCCAUACGAACGGUUAAUCUAUGUAUUAUGGGACAAGAUAUUUAUAUUGUGAAAGGAGGAAUUUUUAUAGCCGACCAUUUAGUCAUUUACGGCCAGUGUACUCGAACUGAUACAAAUUAGAAAACUCGCUUUUCAGAUUGCAGCACAGACGACACUUUAAUUUCGUAAAUGAAAUCUUGAUACAUUCUGAAAAUGAAGAUCCCAGUCACGAUGUAAAAUUGGUGAUGGAGAAAUUUCAACUA